CCUCCGAGAGACAGAGAGAUAGGGAAAAAAACCAAGGGUGUGGAUAUUAUAUUCUGGGAUAUCCAUGCCAUUGCAUUUUGCUUUAUAAAGUUUCGAUCUUUCGGCAUGGAGGUGGUGAUCACUCUUUCUCUCUCUACUUGAGCUCUCAGACUCUUCUUCUAUCUUCUGGAUCCAGAUGGAAGCUGAAAAUCAGAACUCAUCUCAAGCAAACAGAUCCAUUUUGCUAUUGAAAUCUUGAGAUUUAGCUGGAAGUGAAGAUUUUUGAUUUGGUUGCACAAUCAACUUGGAUGGAUUUGCUUCAGACUUUCCUUUUAUUGAAGUAUAAAGACAUUAUAUAUGUAGGAUGUGAGUGAUUGAAGAUGCAGGAUAUAACUGCAAGUGUAUCUUUCCCUGUUCUGAAGAAGUUCUAUAAUUUACUUAUAAAAAGAAGAUUCGAAAUGGAUGAUGUUCACAUGACCAACAUUGUUGAAUGGAAUAAGAAAAGGAAAUUACAGAUUGAUCAAUUGGAUUUGCUCAGACCAAAGCAUAAAUGCUGGGUUCGGAAUUUCCCUUCUGAGCAGGCUUUGACAUCUGAUGAGAAUUUAAGGUCAGAGAGAAUGCAUGAUCCUCCAGUCAAGGUCAAACCAGAUGCUUUAGUCCUUGAUGAAAGGCCAUCUCCUGUAUCUGCCGAAGACAGCAAUAGUUUUGCCGAAGAUUCUGAUGCUUCAAUGUCUGUAAAUGAGGAAGUUAAACUUGAGGCAGAUUGUGCAAAUACAUUCCUAUGUGGCAGGCCUUCUACUUCCUUUGGCCAUUGGGAUGGCUAUAAUUCUAAGGAUGUAACAACGAUUGAGAAGACAAAUUCUAGUGAGGACGCAUUUACCGACAGAGAAUAUAAUCAAACUUAUCAAGAGGCUGAUAUACAAGCUUUGCGGAAUCUUGAGGAGCAGCUUCUGGGAUAUGAAAAGCUUAAGGAUCACUUGUACUCAGAGUAUGGAAAAGACAGCUGCGAGGAGUCUAUGGACAAGGGAUUUGAAGAUCUUCUCUAUCCAAGUGGGGUAAAUCCUAACAUGUAUUUCCUUUCUUCCGGAAGAUGGGAAGUAAACCAAGGUAUACAAAAUAGUCAGAUCUUAUUAUUAUUCUCAUAAUCUGAUAUGAGAAGUUGCUUUAUGCGUGUGAUCGAUGCAGUAGUUCUGCUCAGUAACCCCUAGUUUAUAUCAUCAUAAAAAGAUAUAUCUGAAUCUUCCCUUGAUAACUUAAGCUUUCAAGUACCAAUGGACUUUGACAUUGUGUGCGCAGCUUUUCUGACCUACUGGUGUAGACUGUGAUUAUACUUAAAUGAAAGCCAAGACUUCCAUGUGAGGGGUUGUGUCUGGAAAUAUGGCGAAGCUACAGAUUUCAAGUAAAACAAGUUAAAAUUUUGAGGUCAUGUAGUAUUUGACUGUUUAUAAUAUAAGUAUAAUUUUGUUGCAGAGGCGCAAUCAAGUACGAGGCCGCCGACUAUUGAUCAAGAAUUCGAGGAGUACUUUUCGAUGCUGAUGCUGUAGCAGAGAAUGUUAAUAGAGGAGUGGAUUUAUAUGUAUCUAGUUAAUGCCAAAUGUGGUUAUUGUACAUAAUAAUGUCAUGAUUGUAUGAAGAUUUUACACGACUAAGUUAUUCUAACUACUUGAUAACAUCUUCAAAUGGUAGUCUCGAGUCUGGGAUUUCUCCUCAUGGGUCCCAUCCAUUA